AUGGCCCUAAAUAUACGUACAGUCUUUCUGUACGUAUUGGCAUCCAUCGUCUUCCUCGCUUCCGUCUAUCAUAUCCUCAUACCAACCGCCUCCAUCUCCUCCGAUCGCCGCCAUUCCCCAUCUUUCAACCCCCAACUCUACAUUCCAAACCCUCGCCUCCGACCUUACGUCGACAAUAACCUAAUCAUUCACGAGCAUGACGCGGUUACCCCCGCCGCCACCAACGAUACUCGAACAGUUCCAGAAGAAAGCACAAACUCGGUUGGAUUCAUUGCGGAUGAUACGAUUCAGUUUAAACCACAAAUUCCUCAGAGUCGGAACAUCUCGACUGAAAUUGAAGGUACUGUUCUAUCUAACACCACCAUCGUUACCAAUGUUGAUUCUGUUUUCGAAGAAACUGGGAGCAAGAAUAAUUCGCUCCAUGUGUAUCUGAACUCUGAAUCAUCGAUUAUGAAUGUUUCGAUUUUGUUUCCUUCUUGGGAGGUGCUCGUGAUUGUAUCGUUGGAGUUCGGAGAUGAUACAGAUUAUACAUCCUAUUUUUGUUUAUUUGACACAAAUGAGAUAUCUCCGGCUAGAUUUUCGGGAACGUUGACGUCUCCGGAUCGGAAAACUUUCACUUGCCAGCUCCCGAUGCGAAUCCGUCGAAGACUACCGUUCCGUCACCCAAGGCUGAUAAAAACUUCAGAUCAGGCUAAAAUGACGUCCAAUCCGUUGCAAUCGCCGUCAUCGGAGCUCCUCCGAUGGAACUUCAUCGUCUACAACAUCAUCGAAACGGAGAACGACAUCGUUUUAUUCGCGAAAGGCAUCAACAAUCGCCAAGGAAUCAACAGAAGCCCAACAGAAUUCAAAUGCCUUUUCGGUGACAAUACUGUAAACGGCGUUACAACUUCCGUUACUAGUUCAAUGCAAGAAGUCUUCAGAUGUCAACGCCCUGAUUUAACGGCGUUUAGUCAGAAUCCAGUCAUAGCCUCUCUCGUAAUCCUACAAACUAACCAGGUCGUCCCAUCUAUAGCAUUCUACGCACCAGAGCGCAAGGUAGCAAUAGCCAGCCCCAAAAAGUCGCUAUUGUGCGCAUGUACCAUGGUCUACAAUGUAGCCAAGUUCUUAAAAGAAUGGGUGAUGUACCAUUCCAAAAUCGGGGUUGACAAAUUCAUUUUAUAUGACAACGGUAGUGAUGAUGAUUUGGGCAAAAUCGUAAAUUUGUUAAAAUCAAAAGGGUACAAUAUUGAGACUCGUUUUUGGCUAUGGCCGAAAACUCAAGAAGCAGGUUUUUCACACGCAGUAUUGCUUGAGAAAAACUCAUGUCAUUGGAUGAUGUACAUUGACAUAGACGAAUUCAUCUACUCUCCAUUAUGGGCUUCAUCACCACCUUCAAAAUUACUGUUACCCUCACUGCUACCAUCACGUCCAUACGGACAGAUCAUGAUCCGCUGUUUAGAAUUUGGUCCCUCGAAUCUAAAGAAACACCCGUCAAUGGGUGUAACACAAGGUUACACUUGUAGAAAAGAAAUGGAAAAUAGACACAAAUCAAUUGUUUUGCUUGAUGCGAUUGAUGAAUCUUUAUUAAACGCGAUUCAUCAUUUUAAACUGAAAGAAAGGUAUAAGAGUAUAAAAGUACAUCUUGACACUGUUGUUGUCAACCAUUAUAAAUUUCAGGCGUGGCCUGAGUUUAAGGCAAAGUUUAGAAGAAGGGUGUCUGCUUAUGUGGUGGAUUGGACGCGAUCGGUGAAUUUACAGUCGAAUGAUCGGACGCCUGGACUUGGGUACCGUGCAGUUGAGCCGGAAGGAUGGGCGGAGAGGUUUUGUGAAGUGUAUGAUCAUAGGCUAAAAGAUUUGACAAGAAGAUGGUUUGGAAGACGAGAUGAUAGAAUGAUAUUUCGUAUGGAAUGGCAAAAAUGA